GAUCCGUACAAUCAUUGUAUAAUUGUAAUUGAAUCUAGAAGUUUUAGGAAUAUCAUUAUCUCUCACUACGAUAAAAAUGAUAAAAAGCAAUGUGGUUCAAAAAAUGGCUUCACAACGAGUGCACCUUCAAAUAACCCACAGAUCUCUCUAUCGAGCAAUCUUCUUCCCGUCCCGUCCCAUAUUCCUGUCUCCGUUUCUUCGAUUGCAUUAUAUCAACUCUUCUUCCUUUGUACACAAGGAACUAGCAGAGAGAGAGAAAGAAGAUGGACUUAUCUUUCCAUUCCAACAAAGUUACUCGUACAGUCUCAGUGUGACAGUCACACUACAUGUGACAAGGAUCACGUUGAUGUCAUUCGUAUAUCGAAUGCUCUCCUCGUUUUUUAUGCAAAUUGGGUGCAAAUGGCUUCAUCCUACAUUUGUAUUGAUCGUAUCCUUUUGUGA